AUGGCUGGACCAAAACAACAGAACAGAAGUCAGCAAGGAGGCCGGGGAUUCAGAUACGGUCGAGGAAGAGGCGGUAGAUCCAACAGAUCCAACUUCAAAUCACACAACACAGAAGACAACGACUCCCACUCUCCAGCAAAGAGCUUUGAACCUAAUGCAAUUCAUGGCAGAGGCGGAUACAGAAACGUUUCCUCCGGAGGACAAAAGCAUGAUCUCAAUGUCAGUCGUUCUACUGUCCCGACUCGACUGAGUGUAACCCACCUGACAAAUGACACCCAAAAGAAAUCGGGCGAUGAUGGGAAAACUUCCAACAAAGCACACCUUGGUUCUUCGUCAAAGCCCAAGCAACAGGAAGACAGCAUCCGUUCCCCCCAGUCUCUGCAAUUCGUUCCUACGAACAAGAGCUUAUACCAAGGCGCAGGUAGAGUCACAGCUACCAUGGUGAGAAGUACUCUACCCGCCAAACUUUCGGCAUUUCAGCGUCUUCCCGGCGAGUUGCGUUGGAAGAUCUAUGAACAUGUGUUUGACGUUCACCGAGUCGAAGUCUUGCGUUUGCGGGACAAGAACCCAGAAAACAACAUUAAGCGAGUCCAUUACCGCCUCUACCAUCGUCAGCUGCGACCUCGCGAUCCCAAAACACAUGCCGCACCCUCAAGUGAAGGACGCUUCACGUGUCCUCCCCUUCCCAUCGCGCUUCUGCUCACCUGUCGCAGCAUCUAUCGCGAUACGCUGUGCCUGUUCUACUCCAGGAUGCAGUUCAUUUUCAACACGACUCGUACCGUGAUGCGCUUUCUAAAGAUCACCCAAAAAGAAGCUCAAAUGGCGAUCCAGCACAUCGAGCUCAAUCAUACCAUGUAUAGCGAGCCUGCGCUGCUGAACUUCCGAUGGUACAAGUGCAUGAGCGACAUGGCGUGGUACAAUGCCUGCGAUGACCUGACCGUCUACUGCAAGUCACUGCUUGUCCUCCAUAUUGAUAUGAACAUUCGGGACUGGCCCAUCAGUCUCCAAGUGGGCGAGCGGUGGUCCUUGCCGCUGCUUGCCUUUGCGCGCUAUGGACCACGACUCGACUGGGUCGAUAUUCGACUUCACAUGGGCAGCUUCAAACAAGACAAGCUUGAGAAAGUCGCUCGUGAGAUCGAGGAACAGAUCAUGGACCCAACGGCUUUUCAGAUGCGCGAGGAUGAACGGCUGGCGAAGGAGUUGGCGGGGCCUGUGAAGGCCAAGGUUUUAAGACUUGUGUUCUAA